AUGCCAAAAAGAAUUAAACAAGUUAAACAUUAUAGUCAGCGAAAUCAUUUAAAAAAAGCCCGUAGUGCUAAUAAAAAAAUUAAUAAUGAAGAUUCUAAUAUACCUUCUUUAUCUAUUAUUGAUACAAACACUAUAGAUUCUGCAACUAUUAACACACCAAUUGCUACUCAAACUGAAAAUAUUGUUAAUACAAUUGUCACACAAACUGAAUUUACUAUUAAUACAGUUGCUACUCAAACUGAAAAUAUUGUUAAUACAGUUGCUACACAAACUGAAUUUUUUGUUAAUAUAGUUGUUACCCAAACUGAAGUUAUUACUAUACAAUCUGAUGAAAUUCAAACAAAUAAACUAAAUUCAAAAGUUCAAUUACUUAAUUUAUUUAAUCAAAUUACUCAAAUACUUACUUAUAACCAAAA